AUGCUGCGAAAUCGCUUUGCUAUCUUGCUUGCCCUUUUAUCAUGGCUAAACACAUUCGCCAUGGCUCAGACCGUGGCAUCUCAGGCGUACACACCUAUUGCUGCGCGAUGUCCUGCAGGCUUCAACCUGGUGCGGAUGGCUGGUACUCCUGGGAAUCAGACCCUCAGUUCGUCUGAAGCCUGCUACGUUCAAAAUCGCAAGGCCAAUGUCCUUCCGCGGGCCUGGAAAACUUACCUAUCAAAUGUCUUAUCUACCAAUCCUUUUCUCCCUGAUUACGUCUCAAGAAUUCUGUCGGGCGCUAGUUCCGAGAUCCCAACUCUAGGUAUUGCAACGAGUGGAGGAGGGUACAGGGCUGCAAUCUUUGGUGCAGGAGUGUUGAAUGCACUGGAUGCGCGGAAUUCAUCUUCCGACGCCGCUGGAACAGGCGGGUUGCUCCAGGCAGCAACCUAUCUGUCAGGAUUGUCAGGCUCAUCGUGGUUCAUCACAUCCCUUGCUCAAGCCAAUUUCCCUACCAUGCAAGAACUCAUCUUUGGACCUGCUAGUCCCACAAUGUCCAACAGUUCGUGGGGAGGAUGGAACGCUGACUAUGAUAUUAUGACGCCAAGCACGAACUCCGUCACAGAUACACAAUAUUAUACGAACCUUGCAGAUGAGUUGCUCGGAAAGUACGACGCUGGUUAUGUAGUGACAUUUGCGGACUACUGGGGGCGUAUGCUAGCCAGACAUUUUGCCAAUGGUACUUUCUCGUCUAAUAUCUUUAACGAGUCGUACACCCAUGGAGCUGGUAUAUUGUGGUCUGCUGUUGCAAAUACGACUUCAUUCGCAUCCUAUUCAAUACCAUUCCCAAUUGUGACCGCAGACCUUCAAGCUCCGGGUCAGAACUCAUCGGAGAUAAUUGCUGAAGACUACAUCCCCUUAACUAAUCCCAUAAUUGAGUUCAAUGUCUUUGAAACGGGUUCUUUUGACCCGCAGCUUUCUGCAUUCGUGCCAACCAAAUAUUUAGGAACGACAAAUAACAGUAUCUGUGUCACCAACUAUGAUCAAUCUGCGUUUAUUGCUGGGUCAUCUUCUGAGCUAUUUAAUGAGGCCAAUUUCACUGAUACCCUCAAUUCAGAGUUUGGGCCCAUUUUAGCUCUUAUGGCGGAUCUUAUGCCCGAACCCCAGGUUGAAUACGACGUUGCUUCUUGGCCAAAUCCAUUCUAUGGUGUUGCACCGGACACCUUUAUUGAUUCGACGCAAACGAACCUGAAUAUGGUGGACGGUGGUGAAGAUGGUGAAGUUAUCCCGCUGCAACCCCUCCUGGUGAAGGCACGUGGUAUCGAUGUCAUUUUCGCUAUUGAUGCAACCGAUGAUAUUAACGACUUCGCGGAUGGCAGCUCUUUGAUUGCCACACAAAAUCGCACUUCACUUUAUCCCUCUGCUUACUCAUUCCCCCCUGUUCCCACCUCUAUGGGAGAAUAUACCGCACAAAACCUGACUACGCGCCCGACGUUUUUUGGAUGCAACACGACCAGUUUGAACACAAGCACCCCGCUUCUCAUAUACCUUGCUAAUGGUGGUCCACCCGACGGCGAAGCUCCCGUCACCAACACCUCGACGUCUCAAACUUCCUAUUCGUCAUCGGAGAUUCAGGCAAUGCUUAGCCAGACCUUUGUCAUCACGACCCAGGGGUAUCCAGAAAAUGGAGCAAUGAAGGAUCCGGAUUGGCCGUCAUGUCUCGCAUGCGCUGUCGUCGACCGUGCAAGGGAGCGAGCAGGAGUGGCAAGAAGUGGCAUUUGCUCUACCUGCAUGGACAGGUACUGCUGGGAUGGAGACACGCUCACAACUGCUGCAUCCUAG